UACAGUUUUAGCCCCCAUCCCUGACUGAGUAGGCUGGAAUCAUUUCUAAGUUCACCACCGUCAUGCGUCUUUUAAUCCUUGACACCCCGGACGAAGUGGCUGAUUGGUGUGCCAAAUACGUGAUGAAACGUAUUCUUGAAUUUUCUCCAUCGGAAACGCGUUAUUUUGUGCUGGGGUUGCCCACUGGUUCUACACCAUUGAACAUGUACAAGCGGUUGGUGGAAUUCUACAAGGCUGGACAGCUCAGUUUUCGCUACGUCAAAACGUUCAAUAUGGAUGAGUAUGUUGGCUUGCCUCAAAAUCAUCCGGAAUCGUAUCAUUAUUACAUGUAUCAUAACUUCUUCAAGCACAUCGAUAUACUCCCUGAAAAUGCGCACAUAUUGGACGGGAAUGCUUCAGAUUUAGAAGCUGAAUGCUCGCGGUUCGAGGAAGAAAUCAAGCUUGCAGGAGGCGUCCAUUUGUUCAUUGGAGGUAUCGGACCUGACGGGCACAUUGCCUUCAACGAACCCGGUUCCAGUCUAGUCUCCAGAACGAGACUGAAAACACUUGCGAAAGAGACAAUCGUUGCUAACGCUCGGUUCUUUGAUAAUGACCUUACCCAAGUCCCUGCACGCGCUCUAACUGUAGGAGUCGGUACAGUGAUGGAUGCAGAUGAGGUCAUGAUCAUUGUAACCGGAACUUCAAAAGCACUGGCAUUAAGCAAAGCCAUUGAGGAAGGCGUGAAUCACAUGUGGACUGUUUCUGCUUUCCAGGUGUUAGAGCGACGCCACAUUGACAGUCGACCCACCAUCCUGGUGUUUCUGGACUUCAAGGGUGCGUUGGAUCCUGUUGAUCGGUCAAUGCCUUAA